AUGCAGGCAGCCUUUGUCCUCUGGUCGUGGUGGGGGGGCCCUCUCCGGCAAGAAGCGCCACUCGCAGGAUCCCUCAAAGAGCCUAAAUCGGUGAGCCGCUGUUCCAGUAGGGUAAAAAUAGAGAGGCACGAGGGAUCGCGGAACAGCGAGCCGGGAACCGCAGCGUGGAAGCCAGUCUGUAGGCGAUCGAGGAGAAAGCAGCACAUCUCGUACAUGUACGUGUACAUCGACGAGUUCUUGCCGCUCGAGUCCUGUCGAGUUGCUCUUCGCUUUGUCUCCCUUGCGUGGCCUGGGCUGGCCCGCAUGGCUAAUGCCCGCCCGCCCGAGCACCCUGCCCGACGGCUCGUUAGCUGCUCGGAGAGAACGUGGGAGCACAGGCCUUUUUGCCGGACUCAGGCGGCCAGGGUAGCUGGUCGAUGCACAAGGAUUGGCGAUUCCGAUGCACGAGAACGAACCGGCUCGAGCGCGUGGCCCGCUGCCAGCUACCCAGCGGGGUGGGGGCAGCAGGCCAACGAGCAGCCGAAGGACGAGACAGCCUUCGGGGGUAAGAAGGGCCUGAGCAUCGCGAGGGCUGCAAGGGAGGGAGGCGGCUAG